GAUUCACGCUCAAGAAAGGCCACGCUAUAAACGAGUUCUCUCACAUCAUAGUUUCCCAAACACUGAGCUUGGCUAGCAAACCACCCACUUGUACACUACACUAACCUCUCUUUUGUCUUCUUCACCAAAAAAACCCUGAGCAAAGAUGCUAAACUUUUCCGGCGAAGACUUCGAUGUCAUAGUGGUCGGAGCCGGCAUCAUGGGCAGUUCCACCGCCUACCAAACCUCCAAAAGGGGUCACAAAACCCUCCUCCUCGAGCAAUUCGAUUUCCUCCACCACCGUGGCUCGUCGCACGGCGAGUCACGCACCAUACGCCCCACCUACCCGCAGGACUAUUACUGUUCCAUGGUCUUAGAGUCCUACACUCUCUGGGAACAAGCGGAGUCCGAAAUUGGCUACAAGGUCUCUUUCAAAGCCUCUCAGUUCGAUAUGGGCCCCGCCGACGCCACCAACUUUAAAGCCCUCAUUUCGAGCUGUCGCAAAAAUUCUCUUCCACAUCAGGUUCUGGACAAAGCACAAGUGGCCCAGAAGUUCUCGGGUCGGAUCCAUAUACCGGAGGAUUGGGUCGGAGUUUCGACGGAGUACGGCGGGGUUAUCAAGCCCACGAAGGCGGUGUCCAUGUUUCAGACGCUGGCACUGAAAAACGGCGCCGUUUUGAGGGACAACAUGGAGGUGAAGGAUAUCAAAAGGGAUGGCGAAGGAGGGGGUUUGGUGGUUUUCACCAGCAACGGUGAAAAGUUCCGCGGUAAAAAAUGCGUGGUGACAGUUGGUGCCUGGAUGAAAAAGUUAGUUAAAACGGUUAUUGGGGUUGAAAUACCAAUUCAGCCCUUGGAAACCACCGUCUGUUACUGGAGGAUUAACGAAGGUCACGAAACCGACUACGCCAUCGGAGGCGAUUUUCCGACGUUCGCCAGCUACGGCGAGCCUUACGUUUACGGAACUCCGUCGUUGGAGUUCCCGGGGCUGAUAAAAGUUGCUGUUCACGGCGGGUACGCAUGUGACCCGGAUAAGAGGCCAUGGGGCCCCGGAAUUUCAUUGGCAGCAUUGAAGGAAUGGAUCCAAGGAAGAUUUUCAGGGCUGGUCGACUCGGCCGGGCCGGUGGCGACGCAGUUGUGCAUGUAUUCGAUGACGCCGGACGAGGACUUCGUGAUGGAUUUCUUGGGAGGCGAGUUCGGGAAGGACUUGGUGAUCGGAGGCGGGUUUUCGGGUCACGGGUUUAAGAUGGCUCCGGUUGUGGGGAGGAUAUUAGCUGACUUGGUGCUGAGUGGUGAAGCUGAAGGAGUGGACCUAAAGCAUUUCAGGGUUGCAAGGUUUAAUGAGAAUCCGAAAGGGAAUGUCAAAGCUUUCGAAGAUCAAGUUGGGACUUUUCAAUAAUCAUUAUCAGUCAUAUGUACCAAUUUAUUGUUUGUGUGAUUGCGAACUUUGGUUUUAACUUAAAAAAUAAUAAUAAUAUUAAAAAGAAUUGUGAACUUUCA